CAAAACCAACCAGCCUAGAACGUCAUUCUUAACACAAGGACUGUAUACAUCUAUAACACUAUCAUCUAUUUGUUCUGACUACAACAUGACCAUGAAUAUAAUAAACCAUGGCCAAACUACUACUGGUUUAUAUGUCAAGAUUUAUGUUAAUGAUAUGUGAGGUGAUGGCGGCUCAAGAGGAGAGUAAUGCAGUCGCACAGGAACUACAUUUUAACAAUUUUACAAUCAUAACAGGAUUAAGCUCAAACCAUGUGAAUGAAUUUCAUGUCUUUCUUGAGAAUAAGCAACACUAUCAACCAGAUAAUCCACUCAUAGUUUACAACCUUGGACUAACAACUACAGAAGUCAGUGAAAUUCAAAAACGUUGCGAUGGUUGCAAGAUAAGAGAUUUCCACUUCCAGAAAUAUCCACCUCAUGUAAAAAAUUUACUAACAUUUGCAUUCAAGAUUUUAAUCAUAAAUGAGACCCUGCUGGAAUUUCAACAAGUACUCUGGGCUGAUACUUCAAUACGGUUUACAACUAAGAACUUGAAGCCAAUAGUUGAUCAGGUGAAAUCUUCAGGGGUGCUAGCACCAAGUAUAAAUGGGUUGUUAAGUAACAGCUACACACACCCAGGGAUGUUUAAAUAUUUCAAUGUCACCCCAGACAGGUACAAUAAACAGAUCUCGAUAGAAGGUGGCAAAUUGUUGAUUAUUAACAGUGCAAGGAUCCAGACACAGUUUAUAAGACCUUUAGUACGAUGUGCCCUUGAUUUACAAUGUAUCAACCCCACAGGUGCAGUGAUGUGGGACUCCAUAUGGUUGCAAACAUUUUACCGUCUGAUAUAUAAUGUUGAUACGUAUGUCCACAGACAAGAUCAGUCUGCCUUCAACAUUGUGCUUGGGAAAAUGUUUAAUAUGUCCCUAUCAAAAUACUGUGCUAAAGAAGGUACUCACAUAUAUUUAUAUUGGAAAGGGCCAAUUGUAACAAGACAUUUACCUGAACAAUCAUCACACUGGAAAUUCUAUGUUUACUUUACUUUACUUUUUAUACUAAUUGUACUUCUCAAACUAAAGUAUAAAAGUGUGGUCAAAUCAAUUACUCAUCUAUGCAUAAUGUGCAGUAAUAAAUGUAGAGAAUAGAUUUGUAUUGUCUGCCUGAAAGGCUUGGAGAAUAACCUUGGAUAUUACCAUGCAUCAGCAAUAUAUUAUUAAUGACCUGAUUAAACAGGGAGCUUUAACAGCACAUGGUAUGAUCAGGGCACUGUAGCCUAUUGAUUCUGUCUGCCAAUAUGUUAAUAACAACAUUCCUUUAUAGAAAUAGACUGGAAACUCUGACUAAACUAGACUAGGCAGGCCCGUAGCCAGGAUUUGCCAAGGGGGGUUCAGUUUUUAAAAAAAUUCCAAAGUUUUUUGUUGUUCCCUUUUUGACAACUUUGGCCUAAAAAUGGCCAAAAUCACUUGUAA